AUUUACACCAAUGUCAGAGAAUGAUUCAAAUUCAGUUCAUGAAGUAUCUGCUCCAAUUAGAGGAAGACUAUAGAGGGCCAAAAGUUCGGAGGAGGAAAUAGAGGAAUAAUAAAAGGAUGUGUUUUAGGCUGAAUAACCCGAUUCCAUUGAAAUUAGUGAUCAAAGUGAUAUCUAGGAGGUGGCAAAUAGAAAGAAAUAGAAAAAAUAAAAUUAAAAUUCAUAGAAACCUCGCAAACCCAGAUAAAAAAAAUAGAAUGAAAAUGCCGCCAAUUAAAAUGAGGAAAAUUAAGAAAAAUAAAUUAAGGAAAAACCAUAAAAAUAAGUUAAGACUAAAAAGAAAGGAGUUGAAAACAAUGAGAAGACUAUUGAAAAUUUGCUAAGCAAAAAGUUUAUCUAAGCUGAGGAAGAAGAUGAGCCACCAAGAAGAGAAAUGGAAAUAGAAUAUGAAAGUAAUAGAAAUGAAAGAGAUACUUUUGGAGUUGAUAAUAAACAGAACAAACGAAAGGCUUAAAAUGCCAAAAAUAUCAAUUAACUAAUUAAAAAUAGACAUAAAUUCUUUACUGAAUUUGAGGAUGCUCCAAUUGAAUUUUAAAAUGAAAACCCAAAUUAUUAAGAAAUUGACACCGAUUAAUUUGAACUAAAAUUUGAGAAACAAUAAGUCGAAGAAAGUGCAAUUAAAUAAAAAGCAAAACGAGACAUGUUAAACAAAGUUUAAUAAUAUAAAUAAAAUGUGCUUGUUUUUGGCGAUCAACAGAAAUCACAAAAGUCAUUAAUCUCAAGUACCAUCCUUCCUUCAUAGGACUUAGAAUCAAAUGGAAAUAAUGGAACUACUUAAAAUAAUUUACCCAAAUUUCCAUAAAUAAUUAAAGCAGCUUCGUUUAUUUAGGAAGAGUAAAAUUAGAAACUAGAUGGAGAGUCCAGAAAUUCUUUGUUAAGAAAAACCUAUUCUAUGGGCUUAAAAAAAGGAUUAUCCUAAGAAGAUAUUGAGGAUCCAGAGUUGUAAUUGUUCAUUCCCAAAAUUAAUGGUGCAAAAGAUAAGAUCUUCGAAAAUACACUAUUUCUGAAUAAAAUAAAGUAAAAGGGAUUUGAUAGGGUUGUUCAAACAUCUUCAAGUUUAAAUAAUAGCAAUAAAGCUUAUUCAAGAAGUGAGUUUUAAUAAUUAUUGCAAUAAAAACAAGUAGAACACAAAGCAAACAAAAUAAAUUUAUCAUUGAAUGAAUUAAUGAAUAGAUUUUAAAGUACCACUUUCGAAUAAAUAGAACAGAAGAGGCAACAAAAUUAAAAGGCAAAUAAUGGUUAAGAUGAUGAUGAUUCAUCACCUGAUGAAGAUUUUGUGCCUUAAUAAAAUGAACUUAAUUAAGAAAGUGAGGAUAUUGAUGAUGGAAGUAGUUAAAGUUGUGAUGACAAUAAUAAAUUGAUAGAUGAUAAAGUUAAGGAAUGUAAGUUAACUGAAAAAGAAAUUGAAAAAUAAGAAAAGAAUGAAGCUGAGAAGGAGAAAAAUUAUGGUACCAUAAUAGAAGAGAAAUCUGAUGCAAUGAGUUAAAUUGAUGAUGAAGAAAGGUAAUAACUUCAAUAAAUUAAAUCUGGAAAGUUUAAUUAAGAAAAAGAUUACAAUCUCUCAGAUGCUGAUGAAGAAGAUGAGGAUUAGAAUGAAGAUGAUUAAGAGGAAUAGGAAUAGGAAGAAAAUAAGCAAGAUGAUGAUUUAAAGAAAGAAGAUCAUAAAGUCUAAGAAAACAACAAAACCAAUAAACUUGCUCUAAUUGAUUCUAGCGAUGAUGAUUAAUAAGCAGAAGAUAUAAAUGAGGAAGAUUUGAAUAUGUUUAGACGAUUGAAGAAGGUUUCGACAAUGUUUAAGGAUAGAAAGAGAAAGGAAAAGGAAUUAGAGGAGAAGAAGAAAUUAAGAUUAGAGAGAUAAAAAGAAAGAGAGAAAAUGAAGAAAUUUAUAGAAUCAAAUUUAGUGGAGGAUUAAGCAGAACAAGGAUCUGAUAAUGAAUCUCAUGAUGAUGUUGUUAAAGAGAUCAAGGAUGAUGAUGAAGAGGAAGAUAAUGAAGUCAUAGAAAAAGAGUUAUUGGAAAUGAUUGAUGAUAAGAUAGAAGACUUAGAUGAAGAAAAUGAAAUAAGAGCAUUUCAAAUAUUUAUGGAUAGAAUACACAAAUAAGAAAAAGAUGAUAUUAAGAAGAUCCUAAAAGGAGAAUUCAAAAGAAGAGAUGGAAAAGUAUCAAAUAUUGAUUUACUCAAUAUGGAAUAGACUGAGGAAGAGAAAUAAGCCAGAUUAAUGCAUAAGUUUGAAGAAAGUGAAGAAGAAAACUAUGAUUCAGAUUUUGAGAACUACUUGAAAAUGAAUAAAGAUCAAAAAAAUGAAUUUCUAAAAGAAAAACGAUUAUAAAAGAUCUUAUAAGCUCAAAAAGAAAUGAAUUAGUAAACGAAAAAAAAUAGAUUGCAAGAAUAAUAAUUAUUUUAACCAGAUCUUCUAAAAAUUGUAGAAUAAGCUAGAAAGAAACAAUAAGAGGUACUACAAAAAAAGAUUAAUUAAAAACCACCUUCAUUUGGAUAAUCUCUAUAAUAACAAUCAAAGAUCAAUGAAAAUUCUAAUGCUCAAAAUUCUAACUCAGUAUCCUUGUUAAAUGUCUAAAAAAAAGAUAACAAAUAAUAGUAAAAUAAAACAAGUUUUGCAAUAAAUAGACUGUUUUCUGCUAACUUAAAUUCAAAAGGAUAAUAAUUAUAAAAAUCACCUAAUAAAGCAAUUUUGUUGAUGAAAAAAAAAUGA